AUGGCAUCCUUUGCAGUAGCCAGCUGUUUCUGCACGGCCUAUGAGAAGCAGUUCGUCGGAGAGAUUAACAAGGUCCUGCUGGUGUUGCUCCUGGCGCCCAUAUGCCAGGGCGCUUACGCUUACUACUCGAAGUUGACCAGCCAGUCAGUCAAGCUCUCGAUCCAGAAAUGGGCUUUCCCUUUGCUGCUUAAGUCGAAGGAAGACGUAUCAGAAGGAGCUGCAGCGUCCUUGUUCAACCGCGAACUCGAUGAGCUGACCGAUGUGAGCAGGACUCACUUCCGCAGAAUCUUCCCCAUCUUUAUGGGCAUCCUUACAGGAGGCGUUGUUCUCAGCAUGUUUUUGCAAAGUAAAAUCGGCCCGGCGGCACGUGCGGCCACACAGGCAUCAAGGCAACUAUCAGAUGACGUUGUUGCAGAGCUACGCGUGGCCGACGAAACACGGGCCUACAAUGCAACCAAGCAGAGAGGUGAUCGGCUAAGUCAAGUUAUGGAACAUGGGCGCCUGAAGAAUGUUGAGCUUGAGAAGAGGCGGAAGUUGUGGGAGAUGUCUGACAGUUGGCGUCAAUCUUCAAACUUUGUAGCGGCCUAUUUCCUCCUCGGAGGGGCUGUCAUGACGGGAGAGAUGCCAUUUGCUGUGUAUCAUGCUACCUUUGGCUUGUCGAUCAACUUGGCGUUUUCGUUGAGAGACUUGCUUCAGAGCAUUGGAAAUAUGAGGGCAUGCGGCGAGACGAUCAAAACGAUUAACCAACUCCGUGAAAUACAGGGUCAGGAUGCAUGCUCCAGCAUUCAGAAUUCGAACGGCGAUUCUUUCAAUCGCUUGACAGUGAGUGAUUUGAGCUUUCAUCGUGAUGGUCAGGCGCUCUUGAACGGUAUCUCAUUCCACGUGUCGCAUGCUCAGCUCAUUGCCAUUGUCGGGAAGAGUGGCUCUGGCAAAAGCACUUUGCUACGAGCUAUUGCGGGCGAGUUGCGCCACGGUGGUUGUGUAGAAGCUGAUGGUUCUGUCACAUUCAUGAGGCAGAACCCUCCUUUGCUUCCGGACACUCUGCGGGAAAAUGUGGCGAUGCAUCGAGAAAUUGACGAUGAGACUAUCGCAAGUUGCUUGAAACAGGCAGCUGCGUCAGAUCUUAUCCAGCGAUUGGGUGACACCCUGAGUGAGGGACGGGCAAGUGACUGGACUCCGAGUGGCGGCGAGCGGCAGCGGAUAGGCCUGGCGCGAGCUUUGUGCGGCGAAGCAGACAUCCUGCUCCUGGAUGAGCCAACUAGCGCUUUGGACCCCGAGGCUGAGAUGGAGGUCUUCAAGAUGUUGAGAGCUCUCAUGGAGGAGCGGCAGAUAAUCAUUCUGAUGGUGACGCACCGCGUGUCCUUGGCCGAGAAAGCGGAUCAGAUCAUGGUGAUGGAAUGCGGACAGCUUGUGGAACAGGGCCGUCCGGGUGAGUUGAAACACCGCAAGACGAGUGCUUACUCUCGCUUGCUUCAAGGUGUUCAGUUCUGA